AUGGACACAACUGGAAGCAUGGGGUCGUAUAUCGAAACAGCAAGGAACAACAUCAAACGAGUUGUGCAAGAAAUCACGGAAAUUUCCGAAAGUCAUAUCAGGUUUGCACUCGUUGAGUAUAGGGACCACAAACCGGAAGAAUAUACAUACGUGUACAGAAAACAAGACUUUACGUCGUCGGUCGAUACAAUGCAAUCGUGGUUAGAUAAAUCAGAAGCAAUAGGUGGUGGCGAUUUACCCGAGGCUGUUGCUGUUGCACUGUACGCGGGGAGUUCAUUGUCAUGGUACGACUCUGCUGUCAAGAUUGCUGUCCUGAUAGCAGACGCGCCGCCACAUGGUCUGGUGUCGUCAGGUGACAGGUGGCCAAACGGUGAUCCUCUUGGCAUUGAUCCAGUCAAAAUGGCGUACAGAAUGGCAAGGACUGGCAUAACACUGUACUCGGUCGGCUGCGAACCUUCCAUUCUACCUUACAAAGACUUUUUCCAAGCAUUAGCUUACAUCGCCGGGGGUCAGUACGUACCAUUAUCAACUCCACAAGCACUAAUUGAUGCCAUAAUCGGUGGAGCUAAAGAAGAAUUGGCUAUGAAGAAAAUCAGCGAAGAAGUAGACAAGGAAGUUUCAGCAGUUAAAGCAAAAGGUGCAAAGCCUGAUAGGGACGCAAUUACAAAGUCAGUUUAUGACAGACUUCACAAUUCCGGGGCAAAAGCAACCACCUUACUAAAAAACAACAAACCGUUAGAAGGACCGUCGAAGGCGGCGCUUGAAAUCGCUAAAACGAAGUCUCUUCCUGAAGCUAAGAAGAUAUUUGCGAAGAUAGUUCCCGGUAAAAGUGGGAGUACGCCGGUUUCGCCUCCAGAUUCCGAAGUCUACACCGCCGUCGAAAGACCAGUGAGUUAUGACCAGGUCUCCAGAGUGGCUAGCAAGGCCUUUGCUGCAAGUGCAUAG